AUGUCGGACGACGAAUCGGACACCGAAUUUGAUGGAUUCCAAUUGACGUAAGUGACCAAAAAUUGCAUAUUUAUGCUCUUAAAACUUUGAAAAUCGAGACUUUUAGAAAAUCCGAUCAAAUCUUCGGAUCCGACGAUUUUAUAAACAAACCGCUUGGUGGAGCGUUGAAAUGCGCGAAAACUGACGGUACAACAGGAGAUUGGGCUGGAAAUUUGGAAAAUUCAAUAAAUCUGGGCUGCUCCUCGUUCAGCGGCUCAUUUUUGGAGGAAAAUCUGUUCUCAAAGUCCCGCGGAUUCGGAGAACCCGAAAAAAUUGACGAAAAAGUGGACGAAGAGGAGAACGACGAAAAAUUCGCUGGAUUGGACUGGGAUGCGAGCAGAAUUUUCAAAAAUUUGGCCUGUCCCGAAAAUAACAAGUGAGAAAAACUCUUUUUCCCUAUAAUUCUUCAAAUAACUGCAAAAAAGCAAAUUUUCAGCGAACAAGCCGUUUGUGUGCUCCGUCUCCACGAUGUGCUCACCAAGACCGAGCUCGGAGUGCAGCAAAUGACUCGGCAGAUGAUCCAGUGCGGGUAAGUCUAAAAAUUCCUCAUUUUUCGCCUAAAACUUCUAAAAAAAAUCCUGCAGAAAGCUAAUCAACGGCUAUUCGCCGAAAGAACGCCGAGAUCUCGGCUUCUCCGACGCCUCGAACAUCCGCGAUCUCUCCAGAAUGCUCCGAUCGUUGCGCGCCGCCACAAGACUAAUGCUCAUCGAAGCGGACGAUAUUCAGGAGCUGCUCGAGCCCUCGUGCCACCCGGAUUCUACUAAAUUUCCCGUUUUUUCCGUCGUUUUCGGCCUCGGAAUCGCCGCUUCGGUGCCGAUGGCCUUGUGGCUGUGCCGACGUGGCCUAACUUUCUCCUCCUAG